CUGGGAAAAUGCAAAAGGGAGCCGAUGGUCCUACUUGCUUGCAGUAGCUGUUUCUUACUUAAUAGACACCUAGUACCCUUGCAUAGCCAAACCUGUGAUGAUAUUUUUCGACAACAUUGACUAUUGCUUAGCCACUGUUGUGAUUACACGUAGCUGAUGUGAAGUUGUCUCGUGGACGUUGUUGUAUCGGUCCAGGGUUAUAAUGAAGGACAGCUUUGGUGGCGAUAUAUUAUCACUACAUGCUACUUAUUCAAGGUCAAGAACGAUCGUCAUGUCAAUCGGGCUCUUAAAUCAUUGGACACGCGCAUCAAGUCCGCGACAGAGCCCUUUCCCUUUCGCUCACCAUAUAUCAUGCCUGACCACACAGCACAAUUCCGCACCAUUGUUCGCGACACAUCAUUGCAUAAACCAGCCACGAAAGCAUCUAAGCGCGCCGAUAAAAAUAAAAUUGCAACGUCCUAUGACGUCUUUACCAAAGAAGCAUACCGCAUUUAUGAACAUGUUACGAGUUUAAAACGAUUCCUGCUGACAAUUCGUCGACCUUAUCUCAGUUCAGAAUCACGUCCUUCGAGUAAAUCCAGAAAAGGGGCGUCAGUAACAACGACACCCAACAAGAAACAACAGCAACAAAACGAUGGCAGUCAUUCGUCACUAUUCUCAUUAUUUCCAUCCAACAUUCAGUCAUUAACCGACAAUGAACGCGACGAAAUUGAUUUCCAAGCCAAGAUCAUUAUUCGGCGCUGCAUGGAUCGCAUCAAGGAAUUGGAGCAAGCUGAACAGAUGCGUAAACAAAAACAGCAAAAGCCUGCUGGUCUGACGCAAUUCUUCCAGAGUUUGUUAAUACCGUCGAUGGCAGAGGAUACAUUGGCGUUGCAUCGAAGUAGUAUCACGUGGUUAUUGAACAAGCGGCUGGCCGAGGUUUCAGAACUGCAAAGAAAUCAACAAGAGAUCCGAUUGACGCGAGAGUUAGAAAGAAGCGAGAAUCAGCUUUACAAGGCGUCAUCGGCAAAAGCUGCUAUAGAGGAGGAUCCAGUUUACAAGUUUGAAGAUUAUCAGGAAGACAAUGAACCACCAGCAUUUCAAGUAGACGAACUGUCCCAGGAACAAAUGCAAAUGCUGGAAAAGGAAAACUCGACCAUGUUGGAAGAGUUGAAUAAUACACUGAAUCAAGUGAAAAAUGCUGAAAAGGCAUUGCUGGAAAUAUCCACGUUGCAGAACGAGUUGACAACUCAUUUGGCAGCUCAGACGGCUCAGACGGAUCGAUUGUAUGCCGACGCGAUUGCUUCGACCGAGCGGAUCGAGCAAGGCAACGUCCAACUGAUACAAUCCCGUGAACGGAAUCGAGGCACGCGUCAUUUCACAUUGUUCUUUUUGUUGAUGGCAAGCUUUGUAUUAUUGUUCCUUGACUGGUAUGCAUAAUAAAAGAAGAUUUACAUAUAUCCCAU